GAGCGCUGCGGGGCGGGCGCCGCGGCGGCGGUCGUGGCCGCGGCCGGGGGAAGCGAAUGGUUUUACCCAGCGGGCCCCGCGUCGCCUCUCUCCGCCGGCAGCCGCGCCGCCGCCAGCCGCUCCACCCCAGCCAUGGCGUUCACGUUCGCGGCCUUCUGCUACAUGCUGGCGCUCCUGCUCACCGCCGCGCUCAUCUUCUUCGCCAUCUGGCACAUUAUAGCGUUUGAUGAGUUGAAGACUGAUUACAAGAAUCCUAUAGACCAGUGUAAUACCCUGAAUCCUCUGGUCCUCCCCGAGUAUCUCAUCCAUGCGUUCUUCUGUGUCAUGUUUCUCUGUGCAGCAGAGUGGCUCACGCUGGGUCUCAAUAUGCCCCUCUUGGCGUACCAUAUUUGGAGGUACAUGAGUAGACCGGUGAUGAGUGGACCAGGACUCUACGACCCCACUACGAUCAUGAACGCAGACAUCCUAGCAUACUGUCAGAAAGAAGGAUGGUGCAAGCUAGCUUUUUACCUCCUAGCAUUUUUUUACUACCUAUAUGGCAUGAUCUAUGUUUUGGUGAGCUCUUAGAACAACACAUGGAAGAGUUGGUCCGGUUAAGUGCAUGCAGAAGCCACCGUGUGAAGGAAUUCUAUUCGGCAAGAUCCUGUUUCCAAGAGUAGCCUAUGGAAUCUGAUCAGUUUCUUUAAAAAAAUGACUCUUUAUUUUUUAAAUGUUUCCACAUUUUUUGCUUGUGGAAAGACUUUUCAUAUGUUAUACUAGGAUAAAGAAUUUAAGUGGAUUACGUAUAAAUUAAUAUAAAAUGAUUACCUCUGGUGUUAACAGGCGGAACGUGCACUCCUUCAGAAACAGCCAUGUCCUUUGAAUGAGCGCACUAAUUCCUGGCCGUCCUUAGUCCACGGGAAGCUUUUGUUGGUAGGAACCUGUACGGCUCAUUUUGGUUUUUUUUUCUGGGGUGCCGGCAAUCAAACUCAGGCCUUCACGCUUGCCAGGCAGGCGCUGCGCCCCUGAGCUACAUCUCUGGCCCCAUUUUGGUUUAUUGAAAGGCCAUCUUAUUAUAAAUUAGCUGUAGAUAAUCAGGUGCUUCUGAUGAAGUGAAAAUGUGUAUCUGACACGUAGGAAACUUGACAGUUUCCUCAUUUAUCAUGUAGAUGAGUAUAUCUGGAUACAUUUACAAAAAUAAGUGGGAUUUUCCCCCUUUGACUUGAAUAUUCUUCCUGUAUAGUGCAUGAAUGAGAGAUUUCCCUUGUUUCCAUCAGAGUAAUAUACCUGCUUUAAUUAAGCAUAAGUGGACAUGAUAUAAAAAUAUAUACUGACUUACUUGUGAAGAAUGCAUUUAAAGCUAUUUUAAAUGUGUUUUUAUUUGUAAGAUGUUACUUAUUAAGAAUCUGGUUAUAUUAUGCUUAUUGUUCCAAUCUGGUGGGAAACAGUAUUCUUAAGACAUUGCAAAUACCUUAGAUUUUCAAAACUAAAUGAGAGAGAAAAUUACUGUUCCUUUAGUGCAAUAAAAUAAAACUCUGAAAUUAAGACGCAUUUUGCCUUGGCUUAAAGAUUACACGUAGCUGUUUCUCACAUGUGUCUAAUCCCCAAUAAAGACAUGGUACUGUGUGCUUUAUUUUUUAAGGGAAUUAUCAUACUACAGUUUUAUCAUGCCCAGAUGUAAACAGGAAUUUUAAAUACCAAGCACCUUACCCUUGAUCAUUGGAGCAGAUUGGUAACUGUUGAUGGCUCAGCACCAUUGUUUCUCCUGCCAAUUGA